AUGGAUCCCCAACUUGAGGAGUACCUUAGGAUCAUCAACACAUUAGUGGGGAUUGAUGAUACCCAUUAUGCUAACAUCAUAAAGAUGUUUGGUGAGGACAAGGUGUGGAGGGACAUAUUUAUUCACAUUCUUGAUGAGAGGAAGGUUGGGAUAGUAGAUAUGGAUAUAAGGACAAUAUUAACCAUGUAUAAUGAUGAUGUUGAUGAGAAAAUUCUUGCAUUGAUCGCAACCGUAUAUGAGUACUAUUAUAAACUUUUUGAUAAGCAACGUUGUAGGGAUUUCAUGUUACAAGGGGAAGAUUAUGUAUUCGAGAUUUUAAAUGGACAUGAAGAUAGGUGUUAUGAAAAUUUUCUGAUGUACCCCAAUACCUUUAGGGCUUUGUGUCGUGAGUUGAAAUUGUUAGGAUUGAAAGAUUCAAUAUUUGUAACAGUAGAAGAACAAGUUGCAAUUUUCCUACUUACCGUGUCUCACAAUGAAAGGAAUCGUGUCGUUGCUGAAAGAUUCCAAUACUCUACAUCUACAAUUUCAUAUCACUUUCAUGCUAUCUUAAAGUUAAUUUGUGAGUUAGGAACUAAGAUUAUUGUUCCCCCGGAUUUAAAUGAAAUUCCUAAACAGAUAAAAAACAAUCCAAAGUUUUAUCUAUAUUUUAAGAAUUGUGUAGGAGCUAUAGAUGGUACCCAUAUCCAUGUUGUAGUGCCAGUCAACCAACAAAUACCCUUUCAUACCCAAAAUGUCAUUGCCGUGUGUUCUUUUGAUAUGAAAUUCACAUACAUUCUAGCAGGGUGGGAAAGGUCUGCUAAUGAUUCGAAGAUUUUAAAUGAGUGCAUUCAGAAUGAGGAUUUGAAUUUUCCAUCACCACCCAAAGGUAAGUUUUAUUUAGUGGACUCUCGGUACGCCAAUCAACCGGGGUUUUUGGCCACUUUCCGAGGUCAACAUUACCACAUGCAGGAAUAUCGUAGACAUGCUAAAGGACCGCGUGGUAGAGAAAAGGUGUACAAUUUUAGGCAUUCAUCAUUGAGAAAUAUCAUAGAGCGAUGUUUUGGGUUGGUAAAGAUAAGAUUCGCUAUAUUGAAGCAAAUGCCCCCUUAUCACUUUGACACUCAAGUUCUUAUUGUCAUUGCUUGUUGUACAUUAUAUAAUUUCAUAAGAUCCCAAGGUGAAUCUGAUGAAAUUUUUUAUGGUGAAACCCCUGAAUCUUCUACUUCACAAAAUGAACCUGAUGUGGAUGACAUUGUUGAGGUCAUCAGUGCUACUAAUACACAGAUGCGACAGAUGGAUAUUUAUCGUGAUCGUUUUGCCAACCUAAUUUAG